CUUACAUAUCUGCCUUCAAAUUAAAAGCAUUGCCUUUUCAUGUCGGGAGUGCAGUGCAAUAGAAACCGUACCAAAAAUCAGUUGUCCAAGUGGGCAAUAUUAUUUUAAUUGGCGACGGACUACUCCUUAAAUAUACAUACUUAUAUUACAGGUAUGUUGUGUCCAAAAUACCAUGAAACAUUUACACACAGCCGUGUACUUUGAAAGACUAAAUACCGGAAAUAAUUAUUUAGAUCCAGCUAACUUAACUUGGAGUUUGAAAACAGCUAAAAUGAUAUGAAUGCUUUGUAGUUAAAACAAAAUUUCGUCCAAUAUGGAUAUAAGUGAAUCGAUCAGUGAUCAGUGUAGUCGGCGAGAUUUACUGUAGAAAAGCUGUGUUUGGGUCUGCCGUAGACCCUCUAGCUCGACAUGCUUCCAACUAUGCCACACUCAUAACGCCUCAGUCUAAGGUUCAUUAGGUCCGCUUCAUAUCGGAAGAAAUUACCACUAAUUUCAAGUCAUAAAGCCUAAAAGGAACCUUUGUAAGGUCCAUCCUGGAGGUUAUAUGAAAUAAACAAUCCUCAAAAUCAUCUGCAAGUUUCUAGCAAAUUUAACCGUUCUUCUUUUUUCAAAAAUAAAGCUACUUUUUUUAUACCAGUAUGCCUUAACUCUUUAUAACGACAUGAGGCCGCUUUGGGGCAACUAGACAGUCUGUAACUCAAGGCUGGUGUCAACAAAAGAAAGGUAUCUUCGUAACUUUUGUUUCGUGUUUGUUUCAUGUUUACAUCAGUUUCUGGCAUUACACAUAUCUAAAAUGAUGUGGAGAUAUUUCAAUGUUAGUUGGCUGAAAUUUUACACGUUGGCUUAUACUAUUUGGUUUAUUUGAAAAUCUAUAUCAGUAGUACAAACCAUUCCUUUAAUGAUAAAUUCAAGAAUUUAUUUAUUUAAAGAGGGCAACAAGACAAGCCCCGUCCCUUCCGGCGAUGACGAGUGUACGCGGAAGUGCCGCCAAACCCGUCAUCGGUUUCAAAACAUGUAGGGGCAUGAGCGUUAUACAGGGGGGAGAUUUUGAUUCGAUGUGAUUGUUCAUGCUCGGCGUGAAAAGAUCAGUUUCGGAAUUACUCUCGGUUACAUGAUCUGGCUCGAGAAGCCGCACAUAUAAUGGGAAACAAAGCUCGUACAGCUUUACACAUCUAACUCUAGUAGAGAGCUGAGAUCGUUAUAAAUUGGGCCAUACUGCCAAAAAAAACGAAAACAAACGCGUCUUUUCCCAUCAAUGGUCCUAUCUUCGGGAUGGAGAAUGGGGCGGCAUCCGCUAAAGGAGAGGGGCUCCUCUCGAGAAUGGCCCUCAAUGACAACAAGGCUGGUAUGGAGGGUCUUGACAGGGACAAGAUCAACAAGAUCAUCAUGGAGUCCUCCAAGGGAUCGAGGUUUUACGAGAAUGAGCUGAAGAGAGAGCAGCAGGUGAACCAGCGCAUUGAGAAAAUGAUGCUACAGAAAGCACAGAUCACAGAGCAGCAGUUAAAGAAAGCGCAAGCUCAGGUGGAGAGGAUGGCCUCGGCGCUGGAGAGGAGUCGUGAUCUAAGCCGUGUGAUUGUACAUGUGGACAUGGACGCUUUCUACGCUGCUGUGGAGAUGAGAGACUGUCCUGAGCUGAAGGACAAGCCCAUGGCUGUAGGAUCCAUGAGCAUGCUGUCAACAUCCAACUACCAUGCCAGGAAAUACGGGGUCCGAGCUGCCAUGCCCGGCUUCAUCGCAAAGAAGCUCUGCCCAAACUUAGUCAUUGUUCCAACUAACUUUGAUAAAUACCGAGCUGUGAGUGAUGAGAUUCGGGAGAUUUUUGCUGACUAUGACGCUCACUUCCAACCGAUGAGCCUGGAUGAAGCUUAUCUGGAUUUUACAGACCACUUGGACCAGAGGCAGAGCUGGCCGGAGUCCUCUCGUACACAUCGUUUCCACGCCAGCAGUAGAGGUGAAGAACAGACUGAGAUUCACCAGGAGGCAGAGCCAGAGGUGAAAGACCUCUCUCCAGUCCUGUUUGAGGACAGCCCGAGCCCCUCUCGCUGCUUGCUGGGCUCUGAUGGUGUCGCUGCUGGUGGUGGUGCUUUCGAGGUGUUUGGGACGUCUGCUGAGGAGGCUGUGAGAGAAAUGCGCUUCCGCAUUGAACAGAAGACCAUGUUGACUGCCAGUGCAGGAAUUGCUCCAAACAUGAUGCUUGCCAAGGUGUGCAGUGACAAGAACAAGCCCAAUGGCCAGUACAGACUCCCCCCCGCCAGGGUGGCAGUCAUGGACUUCGUCCAGAAUCUUCCAGUUCGCAAAGUUUCUGGCAUAGGGAAGGUGAGUGAGAAGAUGCUAAAUGCUCUGGGCAUCAGUAGCUGUUCUCACCUCGGCCAGCAGAUGGCACUGCUGUCGUUGUUGUUCUCGGAGACAGCCUGGCAUCAUUUCAUGCAGGUUUCCCUGGGCCUGGGCUGCACAUAUAUACCAAGACAUGAAGAAAGAAAAAGCAUGAGCACAGAAAGGACAUUUAAAGAACUGAGUAAAGCUGAGGAACAGUUUUCUUUAUGCAGGGAGCUCUGUGAAGAUUUAGCAGAAGACAUGAAGAAAGAAUAUCUGAAGGGUAAAACAGUAACACUGAAGCUUAAGAACGUGAACUUUGAGGUGAAAACCAGGGCACUGACGCUGCCGUAUGCUGUUGCUUCAGUGGAUGAGAUCUUUGCUGUUGCUAAGGACCUACUGAAAACGGAAAUAGAAAAUGAAAGCCCCCAGCCACUCAGACUGAGGCUCAUGGGUGUUCGAAUUUCUGCUUUUGUCAGUUCGGAUGAUAAAAAGCCCCUGCAAAGGAGCAUCAUUGGCUUUCUUCAGCCAGGCAAGACAGACUCCAGCGGCUCUAUCCAAGGUAUGCAUCAGAAACCUGGGAAGGAGCAUCUCUCCAGUUACUCCUUCCAAACCUGGACCCCUUCUAGUCAUCCCCUAACGCAGAGGUGCCAGAAACAGGAGGAUGUUCCCUGGCAGAGCAAGCACAGGGGGUUAGAGGGAGGCCAGACUGGUGGGGAAACCCAACAGUCUUUCUUCCAAAGGGCCCAGGCCAGAAGAUUGCAACACCAGGCGGCAAAUUCAAGCACACUAGAGGAAGGACACAGGGAGAAUGCUUUUGUGAUCACUUCCAUUGGCUCUCAUGCUCAAAAGGGUGCAGGGUCAUCAACAAAAGUUCACAAGAGUAUAUCUUCAGAUCUCUCAGAAAAUGACUUUGUUUCCCACGUAGAGGCCCAUGGAUCCACAUCAGGCUGUGGUGGCACAGUGUCGGAGAGCCUCACCUGUCCGGUGUGUUUCAGGCAGGUGGAGACGACUGAUUUGAACGUCUUCAACAGACAUAUAGACCAGUGUCUCAGUAAAUUCUCAGGAAAGCCAAACAAAAGCACAGACCCUGACUCAGAGUCAGAUUUGGACUUAGAGAAUGACCAUAAAGAAUAUAAGGAGGUGGAAAAAUGGAGCGAGGAGUGUGAGGUUGGAGAGGCGAAGGCAAAGAACAGCGAAGAGUUGGAGUUGAACAGAGUUGAUCCUCAACACCAACACGGCUUGAAAAAUGAUUCUGUUCCAACGGUUUUGUUGAUCAAUGGUGAGAACACAACCGUGACUUCGGUACAGCCUCAGUCAUGUGACGAUAAAGGCCCCGUCCUCAUCUGCCCAGUGUGUCAGCUGACCCAGGUAACUGAUGACCUCACUAUCUUCAACCACCACGUUGACCUCUGCCUGAACCAGGAGGUUCUACAUGAACUGGGGGGACAGACAUCAUCUUCCACAAAUCCACCUUCAGUUACAAAUAGCAAGGCCAUAGAUCUCCUGGCAAGGCAAGUGAGUAAAGGCAAAAGCAAAAGACAGGACUCGCCUUCCUCUCUUCCUUCAAAGAGAGCCAAAGGCUUUGGCCCUCGCAACACCAUCGACAAGUUCUUCAGGUGACGGUAUUGCAUACAUCCUCAACCGGAGGACCUGGGAAAGUUUUCUACAGAGAAUUAAAUACAGCUCUCUCCGGUACCUUUGGUUUCACUGGGUAGGUUUUAGUCAUGCUAUGGAAAUCUCCAGCUCAAACUGUCUUCACAAUCAUUGGACAAAAACUCAUAUUCAAUUUUUCUCUUCAAAAAAGCCGUAUUUGUACUUAUAAUAAUACUUAUAAUAAUAAUAUGCCCUAUUUGUUUGUAAUAUGCCCUACACAAUAUGAAAGAUGACAAACACCAAUUCUUUGUUUUAAUUUUUGAGAUUUGAGAUUUUUAAUGACCUUUUGGCUGUCAAUGCUGUUUCAUACCAAUUGCCAAUUUUCUGUUACUCACUGAAGUUAAUCCUAAUUUUUUUUAUUUUUAUGUAUGCUAAAUGGAACAUUAUAUUUAUAAAAUUUAAGCUUCCGGUGUUUUUUUUUCUAAUUUAUCUUAAUCAAGUUAUUUUAUUCAGAUAUUUCCAGUAAUUUCCAGUUAUAUUUAAUGUGUCAAUUAUAAUAUUGUAUGUUUAAUAA